UUGACAAUUGACAGAUAACUGUAGCAGGAACUCGUAGUAGCGAUUUACAUUUUCGUAGCCGAAAUUCCUUUAACAAGGCAAAAGAAAAAGAAAUUCUUUUUAUAUUGCGUAUCGUUUCACAACAAUAAUUAAACAUUAAAAUGUCCGACUGGGAUACCGUGACCGUUUUGAAAAAACGGGCCCCCAAAGCAGCCGUUAUGAAGAGCGAGCAGGCGAUAAACGCGGCUCGAAGACAAGGACUGGCCGUGGACACACAGACCAAAUGGGGUGCCGGCAGUAAUAAACAACACGUAACCACCAAAAACACCGCAAAAUUGGACCGGGAAACUGAGGAGCUGAAACAUGAGUCCAUCUCCCUGGACGUGGGAAAGUUGAUACAGCAGGGCCGCCAGUCGAAGGGCUGGAGCCAGAAAGAGUUGGCCACAAAAAUUAAUGAAAAACCACAAAUUAUCACAGAUUAUGAAGCUGGUAAAGGUAUCCCAAACAAUGUUAUUCUCGGUAAGAUCGAGAGAGCAAUUGGAAUGAAAUUGAGAGGAAAGGACAAAGGUAAACCACUACUGCCCCCUGGGACAAAGAAGUAGGCUCCUAGGGGGUAUGGGUGUUUCAAUCAAAUAUAUUCUUCACUGCUGACCUAGUUAUUUGUAUAAUGAUUAAAUUCUCGAAGGUUGUUUCAUUUUAUGAUCUAUCACAUCAUCUAGGGCGCAAUGGAUGUGUUAUAAUAGUUAGAAUCUGUGCAUUUAGCAUUAUGAAAUCUAAUGUCUCAUUUGUAAAUCAAUAUAGCAACAACAUUGUCGACUUUAAUGAAAUUGUUUUAAUAUAUUACACAAUAUUUUAAUUGUUUUUCAUUUUUUAAUAAUAAAGGGUGUACAUUUGUUA